AUGAUGUACUCCUUGACAGUCUUGAUCGCAGCUUGCACUGCUUUGGCUGCUGGUUCACCCACACGCUCCAGCUCCGCUGGCCUUCAGGCUCGUGAUGAUCUUCUUGGACCAGCCACAUGCCCAGAGGGCGAUAACUUUGCCCUAAAUGAAGAGGACGCUGCUGCUGGCGCCGAGGGGUUCAAGCUGUGGGUUGAGCAAGGUGCUGAUGGAAAAAUUGAUCUCUCUGGUAACUUCAAAGGCCAGAUUUCCAAAACUCACAAGGGCGUCACCUUCUUUGCUUGUGACUACAAGAGUGGAGGAAAGGGCAGUUAUAUCAACGGCAACUUGGUCCAGUCGGUUCUUCGAAAGGACGGUUACCUUGAUAGCAAGUGCGGUAGUGGCAGAGGUGGCUACGAGAGCAGCAACGACCUCAGCAUUGGCCGUACCUUUAAUGGCGACCACUACUGUUAA